AUGCCAGGACUCGGAGGGAUCGAUCUGAAAAGGUAUCAGAUAUCACGACAGCUCGGAUUUCUCCCAGCACAGCCGCCCUUGACCCGUCUACCUCACUCAUGCUACCAGAUCUGGGAGGACACACUAGGGAAAUUUCCUUCACUUUGCAACGAUGAAUCGAUCCGGCAGCAGAUGGAUAACAUGCCAGUCCUAUCUACGCGGGCUUUGGCCACAGAGCCCGAGUGGCGAAGGGCGUAUGUAGUCCUGUCCAUGAUGUCUCAGAUUUACAUCUGGGGCGGCUGUCAACCAAGCAAGACGCUUCCAAGAUCUCUCACCAUCCCCCUUUUAGAGGUCUCUGCACACCUUCGCAUCGAGCCCUGCGCGUCUUACGCCAGCUUCUGUCUGUGGAAUGUACGGCCGAUUCCAGCUCUGGGUUAUCCGGACCCGGAGGUAUAUUCCAAUCCAGAUAAUCUAGCCAUCAUCAAUUCCUUCACUAGAACCAAAGACGAGGAAUGGUUUUUCUGCGUCUCGGCCUCCAUCGAGGUCAUUGGGGGUUGCAUGAUACCCAAGAUGCUCGAAGCCAUCGACGCCGCUGGGGACGGACGCCGUGAGCAAGUCACCGACUUCCUCGACGAGCUCGCCGGGUGUCUCGCACAGAUAGACGCCACCCUGGGCCGAAUGUACGAGAAAUGUGCGCCGUCGGUGUUCUACCACCGCGUGCGUCGGUUUCUCAACGGCAGCAAAAGCAUGGGGGGCGUCUGUUACGAGGGACUUGACGGGCCCGGCGACUGGCGCAGCUACGCCGGGGGAAGCAACGCGCAGAGCUCUCUGAUCCAGCUCCUGGAUAUCGUGCUCGGUAUUGAUCAGUCUGGCUCUGGCGCCGGCGCAGCGGGCAAUGGUGGAAAAGGAGCAUGCAAACCGCACGGCUCCUUUCAUCGCCACAUGCGCGACUACAUGCCGGGACCGCACCGGGACUUUCUCCAGCUCAUGUCUCGCGUCGCGAAUAUCCGCCUCUUUGUCCUGGGCCACUCGCCCGGCUCGGAUAUUCGAGCUGCGUAUAAUCGAGCUGUUGGCGCUCUGGUGGAGAUUCGUCAGAAACAUAUGGUCAUGGCUGCGCGGUAUAUCAUUGCCCCGUCCUUGAGGGAGAAGGGCGAAGGUGGGUUAGAGGGCGUACGAGGGACUGGUGGGACGGAGUUUAUGCCUUUGUUGAAAGGCGCAAGGGAUAGGACUAUGGAGAGUAUAUCAUUGACGGGUUGUCGAGACUGUUAG